UAAAAUAUAGGUAGCUUACCACUGUAAUUACAGGGGAGCUAGUUGUUAUUAGUAAGUCCAAUAUUGUACAACCUUUUUUAAUUUACACAUGGCUUACCUUUUAAUCCUUACAUGCUUAUAAGAAACCCUUCCGAAAUUCUCUUUCUUAGUGCAUAUUAAAUUAUUUUAAACACAAACAUUCAUUAAAACAGUGUUAAAUACCCCUGUAAUCUAAAUAUACCCCACUAUUUUCAAGGGUAGCCCUAUCAAUUUUACGUCAUUUUCCGAGUCCUCGCUAUGCUCAACCGUAUCCUAACCUAACGUUAAGGUAAGGUAGUAUCCGAGCUGCCGAGCUGUCAGAAAAAAGGGGGCGAAGCUUAUAGUGAACCUACGGGAUAUCAGUUGCAUGAUAUCUCUUAGGUAGGUACCUACCUAACAUCAUGGCCAUCUUCCAAUUAGUUGUCUUUCAAUACUUUAAUAAUCGGCAGGAAAUAUUUGAAGAAAAAAGAAGAAAAAAAAUGCGCCAGUGAUAAUAAAUCUUACCCCCGAAAAUGGCGUCAACUUCCCGAAGAUUUCACCACAAGAGCCGGGCCGGAUGUGCCACCUGCAAAGCGAAGAAAGUGAAAUGCGACGAGAAGCAGCCGUGCUCGUACUGCGCCAGGAGACAGCUCCCGUGCAGCUUGGUGCCGGCGUCGCUGCCCGGGAACGCGUGUAGGUCGGGCACGGAUACGGACACGCCGGAAGGCAUAGGGGUGGUGGGGGUGGUGGUCCGGCCGUACGAGGAGCCGUCCUUCUCGUUCACCGACUUCGCCCUGUUCCAGCACUUCGUCAAGGCCGCGUCCAUCGCGCAGGCCGACGACAGGGCGUCCAUCGCCGUCUGGCGGGAGACUAUCCCCGACCUCGCGACGCGGUACCCUUACCUCCUCCACGAGCUCCUCGCCGUCGCGGCGCUGCACGUGCGCUCCGCGAAUCCGGAGCAGGCGAACCUUCUCGAGCGCAUCGCGGCCGAGCACCAGGCCAGGGCGAUCCCCUUGUUCCGCGAGGCACUGGCCAACAGCUCGGCCGAGACGGCGGCCCCGCUGUUCGCCUGCUCCUGCCUGCUGAUACCGUACCACUUCGCCGCCGCCAAGGACGCCGCGUCGCUCCUCUUCAACGAGGACUCCGGGUCAGACCUGGCCGAAUGGCUGGUGCUGAUCCACGGCACCGCGGCGGUCACCAUGGAGCACGCCCCCAGCAUCAUGCGCUCGCCCCUGCGGGCUCUGCUAGGCGACCUAUCCCCUCCCAAGCCCGCGGAAGCCCUAGCCGCCGACGGCCCCACGGACGCGAGGCUCGUGCGUCUCGGGGAGCAACUGCCGGUCGCGGAGGAGCAGCACAGGGCGGAGUACGAGCAGGUGAUGUACAAGCUGCGGGUGAGCUUCUACCUGUCGGACCAUGCGGACACGGCGCUGGACCGCAAGAACGCGGCGCUGCGGUUCCCGCCGUUCGUGAACCGGCGGCGGGUCGGGGAGGACCUCGCGGCGCGGCGGCCGGCGGCGCUGGUCGUCAUGGCGUACUGGUGCGUGCUGCUGCACCGGGCGGAGGAGAGGUGGUGGCUCAGGGGGAGGGCGGAGCCGCUGCUGAUGAAGAUCGGGGAGCUGCUGCCCGCGGAGCAUAGACACUUGUUGGCUUGGCCGAUGGAGGAGGUGGGGAUUUGCUCGAGGGGAAAUACGGAUGGAAAUGGGUUGGGUAUUACUUAGGUAGGCAGGUGAGGCAGGAAGUAUUGGAUUAGGUUUGAAUAAGUAAAUAGGUAAUUGAGGUGCUUUGAAUAUAUAUUGAAAAAUAGAAAAUAGAAAGUUGAGGAUUAUA